CUAACAUUCAGGUUUGGAAAAAUGGCUGAAAAGGGAAGACCGGUAAGUCCAAGUAGCGAAAGCGGUGAUGACGAUAAGGGUGUUAUGGAAACACCGGCAAGCGAUCUGGUCGUAACCAAAUAUGCAAUGGCUGCGGAUAUUGUUAAUGCCGUGUUGAAAGAGCUAAUAGUAGCUAUAAAAGACGGUGUUGAAGUAGGCGAAAUUUGUGAUCUCGGCGAUAGGCUUAUGAGUGAGCGGUUGGCAAAAGUUUUUAAGAAGGAAAAAGAUGCUCUGAAAGGUAUUGCUAUGCCAACAUGUAUUUCAAUCAACAAUUGUGUGUGUCAUUUUUCUCCACUGCGAAGCGAUCCGCCAAUAAUUAUCAAGGAUGGACAAAUGGUGAAAAUUGACCUCGGAGCUCAUAUUGAUGGUUUCAUUGCAACUGCUGCUCACACCGUCGUUGUCGGAGCUUCUCCGGGAAAUAAGAUAAAGGGCAGAAUGGCAAAUGUGAUGCUUGCUGCGUACAAUGCUAUGGAAGCGGCAGUUCGCAUGCUUCGUCCAGGGUUGUAUAAAAAUAUGGAAAUCACAGACAUGAUCGAAAAAAUAGCGAAUAUAUAUCAGGUAAAGCCAGUCGAAAAUAUGCUCUCGCAUGAGUUAAGGAAAAAUAAAAUUGAUGGAGAAAAGCAAAUUAUUCAAAAUCCUGGUGAAAAGCAGCGUUCUGAAAUGACGAAAUGUAGCUUUGAAAAAUUUGAAGUCUAUGCUAUUGAUAUUCUGAUGAGCACUGGUGAAGGCAAAACUCGCAUUCUGGAUUCGAGAACAACAGUUUAUAAAAAAGUGGAUGAUCUCGUUUACUCGCUCAAAGUUAAAGCGUCAAGAAUGUUUUUAUCGGCAGCAGUGAACAAACAUGGCCUAAUGCCAUUCACUUUACGGUCAUUCGAGGAUGAGAAGCUAGUGAAAAUGGGCGUCGUGGAAUGUGAACGACACAAUUUGAUGCGGCCAUAUCAGGUUCUCUAUGAACGAGACGGUGAGUAUGUGGCGCAGUUCAAGGCUACUGUACUAAUCAUGCCUAAUGGAUUAUUGAAGAUUACUGGAUUUCCCCUAGAUAUGAAUAUGCUCGAAAGCGAUAUAAAAAUCGAGGAUCAGUUGAUCACAUCUCUGCUGAACUCUUCCUUGAAACCCAAAAAAGCAAAGAAGAAGCAGAAAAGUGAUAAGAAGGAUGAGGAAAAUGGCGUUCAGAAGAAAGAUGGUACUGUCGAGAAGAAGGGGAAUGUUGAUAUCCAAAAUGUGGACUUGAAAACUGGGAAUAUGGGUCAGAAAUCUGUAUCAUCUGAUGGCAGGGAUGGUGUGAAAGCCCUGCAAGAAAAUUAAAAGCAGUAGAUCAUCAAAAUUUGCAUGUUUGAUAAAGGCGGGUUUGGUAAACAUGGUUUUAUGGUCGUGGCAACGAUUAUAUGCAUCAUCGGAUUUGUUAGUCUGCCCUUUUUUUUCUUUUUUGAAAUCAAAGAAUACAUUGGCCUUUUUGUUAUUGUUUGGGUGUUGUUUUUGUUCUUUGAACAGUUUUUGUUUGAUAUGUGUUUUUGAUAUUGUGUUUUUGAAGACAACUUAUAAGAAGUAUUUUAAGAUAUAGUGAGCUUUAGGAUUAGUUAUACACAGCUAACGGUACAGCGUAACAAGUUUGUAUUAAAUGUUAUACUUGGUUGGUUAAUGUUGUGAAUUUAUUUGGAAAUACGCAUAUGUGGCUGUGUCCUUUGAAGUGGCUGUUUUGCACUUCUAAUUAGAAACGUGUAGCACUGAAAUGACUGGACAAUUCGAUGCAGAGAAUAUAAAUGUUUUACGGCUCCUGUUACCAUCUUUCUCAAUGUGGGAAGGAGAAAAAAGGGUUUUAGAGGAAGUAGCAUUGAAUUUAGUUUUCGUCGUUGUUUUUGCAAGGACAUAUAUUCAUAGUGUUUUCAUUGUUUUGGUCAUUUUCGACGAUAGUUCCUGGUUAAUAUUUCACCUUUUUUUCACUGUAACUUUUAAAAGUGAGUUUGGAGUUUCGAAUAAAGUCGAAAUUCCAAGAAUGAGCUUGGAACGUCUUUAUACUUUUUCAUACUCUUCAAAUUACAUUGUUAUGUUGUUCAAGCCUACACUGUUCAGAUACAAGAUAGAAGACUUGUUCCGUGAUUUCUCUGUUUCUUUGCCUCUGUGAAAUAAAACGUUGAAGAAUUG